AUGAAUGUAAAUAAUAAUAACGAUUAUGAAAUUCACGAUGAUAUUAGCAUCUCAAAACAAGCGGAAAACUUCGAAAUGGAGAAUCAUCUGCAACCACAUAAAUUUGAAUGCAAUCCUAAAUUCAAAAGUAAUGAUCACAAACAAGGCGUCAAAUUUAUUCAAGAAUUCCUUCGAUUAAUUACAAAUGAUUUUCGUAAACAAAAUUCAAUCUAUUCAAAACCGUUAGGUUUUGAAACGUGGUGGAUCGACCGCAACGGAGAUAUUCAAGCUAUAACAAAUGAAAUUGACUUAUAUGUCUAUUUAUGUAAUGAAGAACACAUUCCAAAAGAAAUUGAACAAAUCAAAAUAACGCUACAUCUGCCAAAACAUCUUUCACCGCAGCGAUCUAUCAUGUUAAAAUGGGUUAGUUAUUUAAUAUCAAUUGAAGAUAUGAGCGAAGAAUUAAAUAUGAAGUUUGAAUCCAUUUAUUCAAUACAAGAAAGUGCAGGAACAAAGAACAGCCGCAGUCUUAAUUUAAGAAUAGACAUACAGGACCGAAAAGAAUAUAACGAUAUUUUAAAUAAUGGAAUAAUUAAUUUAUCUGGAACUAUUUUCAACGUUGAUGAAUACCGUCUUGCACCAAAACUAUUAAUUUGUACAAUUAAUAUAUGUACAAAUUUGGAGUCUGAUUUAUGUCGUAGAUGUAGUGAAGACAGAAACAAUGAUAAAGAUCAUAAAGAAUGUGAAAUUUGUUGUCAUCAUUGUGGAGGAAAUCAUCUUUCUACAGACUAUAAUUGUGCUGUCAUUAAAGAAUAUCGUUCAAAAGUGAUUUUUGAAAUUAAGCAUCAUCCAGAACGUCUACCACCAAAUGUGCAGUUAUUUAUUCCUUCACAAUAUCGUGAUCCACGUGAAAGAAGUAAAGUAAUUUAUAAUAACAAAGUAGCAAAUCAUCAAUCACAAAUCAAACAACAACAGUAUAACAGAAAUGAUAAUAAUGCAUGGCCAAAUCUUAAUUUUCCUUUUCAAAAUAUGUCAACAACUACAUUCUCGAUAAUGAACAAUAAUUUGAAUGAAACGAUUAAACAAUUAGUGACGACUUGA